AUGGUGCUGACCGGGUGCAGCUGGCUUGUCUUUGGUGGUGAGCGAGAGUGGCAGUCCGAGCCAUGCGGAGGGUCAGGGACCUCAGCUGGUGGUGGGGAAGCUGCAUUCCUGAGUGCAGCGGCCGAGAUCACCAUCACCCCCGAGCCGGCCCAGCUGGCCGAGGGGGACAACGUCACGCUGGUGGUCCGCGGGCUCUCGGGGGAAGAGCUGGCCUACAGCUGGUACGCGGGGCCCACGCUCAGCCUGUCCUACCUGGUGGCCAGCUACAUCGUGAGCACGGGCGACGAGACCCCCGGCCCGGCCCACACGGGGCGGGAGGCCGUGCGCCCCGACGGCGGCCUGGACAUCCAGGGCCUCCUGCCCGGGCAUUCGGGCACCUACAUCCUGCAGACCCUCAACAGGCAGCUGCAGACCGAGGUGGGCUACGGACACGUGCAGGUCUAUGAGAUCCUGGCCCAGCCCUCGGUGCUGGCCAACGACUCGGAGCUGGUGGAGCGGCGAGACACGCUGCGCCUGCGGUGCCACAGCCCGGCGCCCGCCGAGGUCCGCUGGUUCUUCAACGGCGACGUCCUGCCCGUCGCCCUCCGCCUCGGCCUGUCCCCCGACGGCCGCACGCUGACCCGGCACGGCGUCCGCAGGGAGGAGGCCGGGGCCUACCAGUGCGAGGUGCGGAACCCGGUCAGUGCGAGCCGCAGCGCCCCGCUCAACCUGACCGUGUACUUCGGACCCGAGCGCGUGGCCAUCCUCCAGGACUCCACCACCCGCACCGGCUGCACCAUCAGAGUCAACCUGAACACGUCCCUCACCCUGUGGUGCGUGUCCCGCUCAUGCCCGGAGCCCCAGUACGUGUGGGCCUUCAACGGGCGGGCCCUGGAGAACGGCCGAGACCACCUCAACAUCAGCGGCAUGGCGGCCGCCCAGGAGGGCACCUACACGUGCAUUGCUAAGAACCCCAAGACCCUGCUGUCUGGCUCUGCCUCGGUGGUAGUCAAGCUCACCGCGGCAGCCGUGUCCAUGAUGAUCGUGCCGGUGCCCAGCAAGCCCACAGAGGGCCAGGACGUGACCCUGACGGUGCCCGGCUACCCCAGGGAUUUGCUGGUCUACGCCUGGUACCGUGGGCCGGCCUCGGAGCCCAACCGGCUGCUGAGCCAGCUGCCGUCCGGGAGCUGGAUCGCUGGCCCGGCGCACACCGGCCGGGAGGUGGGCUUCGCCAACUGCUCGCUGCUGCUGCAGAAGCUCAACCUCACCGACGCGGGCCGAUACACGCUCAAGACCGUCACGCUGCAGGGCAAGACUGACACACUGGAGCUCGAACUGCAGGUGGCCCUCCAGACGAGGACCGCGACAGCCUCCUGACCCUGCACCUGCACAGGCUGAGCGCGGGCGGUGGGGCUGGGUGGGCGGGCAGAGGCGGGCCGGGCCGGGGCCAGCAGCUCGCUGAGGUCCCCUCCGUCCCCUUCGCCCCCUCUGCCCGUCCUGUCCGCAGCCCUGGAGUAGCGGCAGCGAAGCCACCGCGGAGCCCUCGGGAGAGCAGAGCGCCACUGUCACCUCCCACUUCCAGCAAGGGUGCGGCCCAGGUCCUGCGCCUGCCCGUCCACCUCGAGUUAGUGCCCAGGGUCCCUGCGCCUCCCCAGCUGUCACAGACCCCCCCAAAUAAACGUCCUGGU